AAUACAGGAGAAAAUUGAUGAAGCGCGAAUCUAAGCCCUUUCAGCAGUUUCCUUCAUGCGUACACAAUCAAUGGUUGGCCUAUUUCUAAGGCCUAUUCAGAACCUUUACGAAGCUUUGGACAACCUGUGUAAGUUUAGUGCACCAAAUGUUCUCUAAUGUUGAGUAUGAAAGGGAGUCAAAGAUAUCCUACAGAUACAUAAGAGGUAUAUUCUAUGAUGUGCUUAAUAUCCAGGUCAUCCUACAAUCUGUUGUCUUGGUUUGAGUUCCAGGAAUAAAAAUAGGAAAUCGGAAAAUUCUAAGAUACUCGAAAAAACAUAAAAAAUAAAACUAGGAUAAACUUGGCCACCAUUAAGGAAUAAGAUAGACUGAUGCCUUUAGAGAUACAUCCAAGGUGAAACCUAAGUUAGAGACUUAGUUACACCAGCCUAUCAAAGGUAAUAACAGAAGCUAUCCUCAACCCAAGAAAGGGAAUAUUAAAGAGAAAAGAAUGAUAAGGGUAGAUCCUCAGGUGGCUCUAAGAAAUCUUCUCCAGCGCUGCCUCUGGUCUGUGGAUAAUGCUUGAGAUAAUCAAGAAUAUUAGGUCUAUAUAAUGUCCUAGUGGCUCCUUAGUUCAAGUUAAAAAUUUUCUUACUAAAUUGGUAUCAACAAAUGCUAAGUUUAUCUCUACUUGUAUAUGCAAAAAAAUUUUAUCAAUAAAGAGCUGCUACUAUAGAGCGAAUUUUUUGCAGUAGGCUCUAUAACUAAAGUUGCUAUAUAGGAAGAGCAUGAUUGCAGUGUCUUUCUAAUAAUUACAUUUCAGAUUUUGAACAAUAUUGAUUAUCCUG